AAGCGGUAGGGCUGUUAAUUUAACAGUGCAGCUGUAAAUUUCUCUUGUCCAUAAAGCCGCGUUCCUUUCAUUAAACUUAACUACUGUGUCCAAAUAUGUCUAAAAAUACAGCUUCAGGCUUGUUUAGGAAAGUAGACGUAGAUGAAUACGACGAGAACAAGUUUGUGGACGAGGACGACGGCGGGGAGAACCAGGGUGGUCCGGACGAAGCAGAAGUUGACGCUCUGCUCCGACAGGGGAACAUGAAUGCAGCUCUUCAUGCUGUGCUAAAGAACCCUCCAGUCAACACCAAGAACCAGAAGGCCAAGGAGCGAGCAGAGGUGCUGGUGGUCAAAGUGCUGAGCAGCUUCAAGAGCAGUGACAUAGAGAAAGCUGUUGGGUCACUGGACAGAGCAGACGUGGACCUGCUGAUGAAGUACAUCUACAAAGGCUUUGAGAAACCUUCUGACAACAGCAGUGCUGUACUGCUGCAGUGGCAUGAAAAGGUUUUGGCAGUGGGAGGUGUGGGCUCUAUAGUCCGAGUUCUGACUGCUAGGAAGACUGUCUGAUCAUCCAAGACCCAACAGACAGCACCUGUAAACAGACGGUAGUUUCAAGUCUGUCACCAGAGCUGAUGACAGACAGGCCUCUUCUCUUUCUAUUUUUGGACAUGAUCCCCGUUUAUUUUUGUACUGGAGCUGAGCAUCUUCCUGAUGCAGUUCUUCUUUGUUCCUGCAUUCACUAUUUUCAGUUGCACAUCUGGCAUUUAGAAGUGCUGGCAUUCAAGCAGGGAGGUGCUGGCACCUCAGACUGUCUGUCUGCCAGUCGUGCAGAAAACAGACACGGCUUCCCACUCCUUCUGAUGCCUCUGCUGGCUCACUCACUGCUCCUCUUCCUCCUGCCUCCCUUCUGAAACCUCUACUGAGGAAAUACAAAAGAUUGUCCCUCAACUGUCAGAGACUGCUAACUGUGCAGGGUGCUUCCCUGCCCUGUGCCCAGUGCAUGCUGGGAUUGCAUUUAUUCUGAACAUCUCUGUUCAUUGUCUUUUUUGUACUUAAACUGAUUCCACAUUGCUUCUUUUUAUAUCAUGAAUAAAAGAAAAAUAAUGUGCUGAACCCGAA